UUUUUAUUUAAAUUUUUUUUUUAGUAAUAAGCCUCAAAACUGGUAGGCACGUGCAUGAGAUCUUCCCCGUACAGCUCCAACUUAAGAUAAACAGCCAAUAAAAUAUUUUUAGAAAGUCCUGUAAUUAUAUAAAAUUCAAAACAAAAAAUACUAAAAAAAAAGAAGCUUCAUUGCUUCUUCUCCAAUUUGAAGAUCAACCUAGAAGAUCCUGGAGAUUCUGAUUCAUAUCUGGACUGAUCUUAUUUUCCAUACAAUCAACCGUAUCUCAUACACACACACAUAUAUAUAUAUUUGCAAUUCUGCCCCUAAUGGGUCCUCAUAUAAACUCUCCAAAAGCAUCCACAACCCCUCAUUCCAAGUCUCCUAUUGUUUGUUCUCUGUUGGGUCGUGUUUGGUUGGUUCAUUAUUAUUUUCAAUGGGUUGUGUUGCCAGAGAUGCACAGUUCCAUGUUCUAGCAGUUGAUGAUAGCUUGAUAGACAGAAAAUUGAUUGAGAGGCUCCUCAAAACCUCUUCUUAUCAAGUUACUGCUUUGGAUUCUGGAAGUAAGGCUUUGGAGUUUUUGGGUUUGCAAUAUGAUGAUGAACAGAGAGAUCCAACCUCUGUUAUCCCAAACAAUCAUAGUCAAGAAGUGGAAAUAAGUUUGAUAAUUACAGAUUAUUGUAUGCCUGGGAUGACUGGCUAUGAUCUCCUAAGAAAGAUCAAGGAGUCCGCAUCUAUGAGAGAUGUACCAGUUGUGAUCAUGUCUUCAGAGAAUGUCCCUUCAAGGAUUAACAGAUGCUUGGAAGGAGGAGCAGAAGAGUUCUUUUUGAAACCAGUUCAAUUAUCAGAUGUGAAUAAGCUUAGACCCCAUCUCAUGAGGGAAAAGGCUAAGGAACAACAACCCAACAAUGACACAAGGAAUGACAUGGAAGAUCUCAUUUCAAAUGAUAGAACAAGACACAAUGACUUGGAAAUGGCUUAACAAUGUAUGUAUAAUUUUCAUCAGUGCAAAAGAAGUUGCAACAGCAUUUUUAAGAGAUUGGUAAGACUCAUAGAGAGAGAUUAUGUGUUUGUAAAUUUACAAAAUAUAGAAUUCAUAUCGUGUAUGUAAAUUUACAAAAUAUAGAAUUCAUAUCGUGUAUGUAAAUUUACAAAAUAUAGAAUUCAUAUCAAUUUU